CGCCCUCCCUCCUGCCCUGCCGCGGGUGAUCAGCUGGUCUGCGCUCCCCUGACGUGGGCCGGGGCACGUCACUGCCGAAUGGCAGCCUCCAGAAAGGCACCGCGAGUAAGGGCUAAUCACCAGGAUUUUCAACUGCGAAAUUUGAGGAUAAUUGAGCCUAACGAGGGGAUACACUCAGAAGCCGCAGAAGUAGAAAAAGAUAGCAGAAUGGCUCCAAAGGUGACUUCAGAGCUGCUUCGGCAGCUGAGACAAGCCAUGAGGAACUCCGAGUACGUGACAGAACCAAUCCAGGCCUAUAUCAUCCCAUCAGGCGAUGCCCACCAGAGUGAGUACAUUGCUCCGUGUGACUGCAGGCGGGCCUUUGUGUCUGGGUUCGAUGGCUCUGCAGGCACAGCCAUCAUCACAGAGGAGCAUGCGGCCAUGUGGACCGAUGGACGCUACUUUCUUCAGGCUGCCAAGCAGAUGGACAGCAACUGGACGCUCAUGAAGAUGGGGCUGAAGGACACCCCGACACAGGAAGACUGGCUAGUGAGUGUGCUUCCUGAGGGGUCCAGGGUUGGUGUGGACCCACUGAUCAUUCCUACAGAUUACUGGAAGAAAAUGGCCAAGGUCCUGAGGAGUGCUGGCCACCACCUCGUUCCUGUCAAGGAGAACCUUGUUGACAAAAUCUGGACAGACCGUCCUGCGCGGCCCUGCAGGCCCCUGCUCACGUUGGGCCUGGAUUACACAGGCAUCUCCUGGAAGGAGAAGGUUGCAGAUCUUCGGUUGAAAAUGACUGAGCGGAGCAUCAUGUGGUUUGUGGUCACCGCCCUGGAUGAGAUUGCCUGGCUGUUCAAUCUCCGCGGAUCAGAUGUGGAACACAACCCAGUGUUUUUCUCCUAUGCAAUCGUAGGACUAGAGACGAUCAUGCUCUUCAUCGAUGGGGACCGCAUAGACGCCCCCAGUGUCAAGGAGCACCUGCUUCUCGACCUGGGCCUGGAGGCCGAGUACAGAAUCCAGGUGCUUCCCUACAAGUCCAUCCUGAGUGAGCUCAAGACCCUGUGUGCCGAGCUGUCGCCGAGGGAGAAGGUGUGGAUCAGCGACAAGGCCAGCUAUGCCGUGAGCGAGGCCAUCCCCAAGGAUCAUCGCUGCUGUAUGCCUUACACCCCGAUCUGCAUUGCCAAAGCUGUGAAGAACUCAGCCGAGUCCGAAGGCAUGAGGCGUGCUCACAUUAAAGAUGCUGUUGCCCUCUGUGAACUCUUCAACUGGCUGGAGAAAGAGGUUCCCAAAGGUGGUGUGACGGAGAUCUCAGCUGCUGACAAAGCCGAGGAAUUCCGCAGGCAGCAGGCCGACUUUGUGGAUCUGAGCUUCCCUACGAUUUCCAGUACGGGACCCAACGGCGCCAUCAUUCACUACGCGCCAGUCCCUGAGACGAAUAGGACCUUGUCCCUGGAUGAAGUAUACCUCAUUGAUUCGGGCGCUCAAUACAAGGAUGGAACCACAGAUGUGACCCGGACCAUGCAUUUUGGAACUCCUACAGCCUAUGAGAAGGAAUGCUUCACAUAUGUCCUUAAAGGCCACAUAGCUGUGAGCGCAGCCGUUUUCCCGACUGGAACCAAAGGCCACCUUCUAGACUCCUUUGCCCGUUCAGCCUUAUGGGAUUCCGGUCUGGAUUACCUGCAUGGAACGGGACAUGGUGUUGGGUCUUUUCUGAAUGUCCACGAGGGGCCUUGUGGCAUCAGUUAUAAAACGUUCUCCGACGAACCGUUGGAGGCUGGCAUGAUCGUCACUGACGAGCCAGGUUAUUAUGAAGAUGGGGCUUUUGGAAUUCGCAUUGAGAAUGUUGUCUUGGUAGUUCCUGUGAAGACCAAGUAUAAUUUCAAUAACCGGGGAAGCCUGACCUUUGAACCUCUAACUUUGGUUCCAAUUCAGACGAAAAUGAUAGAUGUGGAUUCUCUUACAGACAAAGAGUGCGACUGGCUCAACAAUUACCACCUGACCUGCAGGGACGUGAUCGGGAAGGAACUGCAGAAGCAGGGCCGCCAGGAAGCUCUCGAGUGGCUCAUCAGAGAGACGCAGCCCAUCUCCAAACAGCAUUAAUGCUGGCCUGGUUCCGCUUCGUGAAAUGCCCUGGGGAAAGGACCCCUGACACCACUCCCAUCUCCUCACCCCGCCCCCUCGCCCCUUUUUACUUUUAGAUGCUAAGAAGAACUGAAAAUCUUCUUAUCCUCUUUGAUAUUUUCUUGCAAACACUCAAUCUUUUAUGAUUUUUUAAUUGUUGAGAAUGAGCCAAGAAUAAAAUUGCGGCACCAGAAGGAGGGUCCCCAUGGAGCCGAACACUCGACAAGGGGGAGACACCCCCCCCGGUUUCCGGACAGUGCUGGUGAGACAAUGAGUGCUCCGCGUCGGUCACGUCCAGGUGCUAGCCCUCGCUCGUGGUCACCCUCCCGUUCAUGAGCCUGUAUUUAUGAUCAGUGAAUAAAAAUGUCAAAACGGUG